AUGUCGGACCUGACAACCUGCUUCGUGAGUUCGUUUUAUGAUUUCAGUCAACCGGGCAUCAACAAUUUCAUUCGAGAUUUCAAAGACUCCCAUGAAGAUCCCGAUUCCGCACCAUUUCUUUCUUACGACCAAGAGACCCGGUCCUUUGUACUCGAGUUCCACGGUGACAGUGAGGACAAAGUCAACGUGGUCUCUCAGCUCUUGUACCGUCUCGACGGAUACAUCGAAUACAAUCACAAUCGUGUUACAGGAUUUGACGAAGGUGUUCCGUGUCUUCCCGUACCAGGAAUAUUCCUCGACGAUGACGAAUUCAUGGACGAGGAAGUCCAAACGCGAGACCUCAUAGAAUAUGACUCUGGUGGUGAGGCUGGAGAGGCUGGCGAGGAAGAAGUCGUCGAAGCUGCUGGUCUCUUCAUCGUCGACUGGAAGCCUCAACAUGGGGACAUCAACAUCCUGCCACGCAUGUACGCCAAUGAGAUCAGUAGGCUUACGGGCACAGAUCUUUUUGUGAAGCUGGCGGAGAAGAGGUAUGGUCUCAUGAAUGGCGACGUUCAACUCGCGUUGCAGAAGCUUUCCAAUGUCGAGCCUCUACUGGAAUCUAUCAAACGAAGCAUGAUGUCCGAAUCAAUUAUGGCUAACAGCAAUUUAUUGAUUUGGCCCGUGGAUGUCGAUGAGGCUGCGAUUGAACUCGUGCGCCUACACCCAGGUCACCCAGGUUUCUCCCGCAUCAUCGUCAAUCAAGCCGAUCCAGGUACACUCCAGAGAAAGCUGCUGGGUGAAAUCCGUCACCAUGUCAGUGGAACAACAUAUCUUACUCCUCAGAAUCUUGAAGGUGUCUCUCCGGUUGAAGAGAUUCAUGGCUCGAAGAUCUGGGACGGACACACUUUCAUGAGCUUUGGCAACCCGAGCAGUCUCCAGCCUAUAAUCACCUCAACCUCCGAUCAUGGUAGGAAGGAAGAUAAACCAGUCGCCAAACCUCAAAACAGCAAUGAUAUUCGAGUCUCCGAAUGGUCAAAUCAAGUGGUACCCAGUGCCGACCCUAAUGUUGCUCCAGAAGCUCCUCCCAUUGAAGUGGCAACGCCUGUCCGUCGAAGAGUCCUGUUGGAUUCUGAUAGCGAGUCCGAUGGAGAAGACGGUGCGAUCAUAUCUCGACCCUCGACCCUACAGCCCUUGGUAAAACAUUCAUUACCUGCUGCUGAGAUGUCUAACGAGAUAAAUGCUCGAUCUGAUGCUUCACUUAUAAGUUUCAGCGAAGUGGGAUCUCGCCAUGAGUCUCACGGUAUUCCAUCAAUGAACCAUGAUGGGUCUGUACACUCCUCAAAUCAUCACCGCCCUCAGAAUAAGAAAGCAAAAGAAGAGCAUCCUCGCCUGCAUUCUACCAUGAAUCAGAAAGGCAGGAACCCUGGCAGAGGUGGCAAUAAACAGCAAGAGACAAAGGCUCAGAGAAAGGAACGCCUUGCUAAAGCCAUGGCAGAUGCACAUGGUGAUUUUCCAGCGGCAAGAUCUUCCCAAUCAAGACCGGUUCCAGUUCUGCCUUCAAUGGAAAAAUCAAAUGAAGCUAUCAGCAAGGCAAAGCAGGCUUCACUCAUGAAAAAGCCUUCUUUGGCCAAGGAUUCAUCACAACUCGCAGAGCUCGAACGCAAAUUGCGAUACGUACAGGCCAAAAAGUUGAUUGAGCAGCUCACCCCGUUAUUCGAGAUCUCUCGACGAUUCAGUGGCAGACUUUCUUUCGAGGCGCAAUUUGGUCAAGUGCUAAUACCGCAGACUCACAAGUUGAUUGACCAACCUCUCCAUACUCAGGAGAGCUGGACAGCAGUGUUUGGACCCCAAAAUCCCACUCCUUCACCAUGUACAUUUACGAAGAUCGUGACCAUGAACGGUGCCGAUAUUGAUCGAGCUCUGGAGACGAAACUUCCAACCGGACUUGACGGCUUGAAUAAAACCAUCAAGGUUUGGAGUGCCUCUCCUGGGCCAGUAGGUGUCACAUAUCAAUUUUCCUGCCAUAGUCGCAGCAGCGAGGAUUUCGUGAUCGCCAUUGAUCAGACAGGGCAAUAUCAACUUCACAAAGGAGCAAUCACCGCCGGAAUGGUCAACGUCCAUAUACCCAGUCAAGUUUGGGAUGCUUCUUUCGUGCUUACCGGUAGUCUGACAUGGAUCGACCCUCCUGAGAUUCUCGUCAACAGUGUCAAAACGUUCCGGGACUCUCUCUAUGUUUUACCGGGACGAAGCAAGCUUAUCAUGGUUUUCCGCCAACCCAGCGAUCAUGAAAUCGAGAUUCGCAAUCUUGUUGUGAGACGAGUCAGUCUUCAUCAGUGCAAUCUACCUGGAUACGAGGAGAUGCAAAUGAAGGUUACAGAAGUCAAGAGUCUCCUCUUCAAGAAACACCCUCAAGAUAACAAUCUAUGGCAAGCUUACGAGAAGUCGGACGAGCAUAGCAAACUGAUGCGCCAAGGUCGGAUCCACUAUGAACUGUCUAUAAUCCACAAAGGCAUCAACGCAACGCUCAUGGAAAACGAGUAUCUCGAGAUUGGUGAACUGACCAAGACCACACCGGAGUCGCUUUUGGACCAGCUCAGCAUCCAAUCGAUGCUUGAUCUAACGGUGAAAAUGGUCAGCAAGCUCGAUUACAUGGGUAUGUCCAACAUCGGCACCCUCUACCGCAUCCAGCAAGAGGCCGAGGAACAACGUCGCAACCUGGGCCAACUCUUAGGCACCGCUGCACCACCAGGAUCGGUCUUGCCUACUGCCCAGCCAACGCAAAAGCGCAGCGGCACAAGUCCCAGCCGAGAAACCCCAGUGUCGAUGGAGCUGAUGCCUCAAGGUGUGCGCGUCAACACCGUCGCCGAGAUCUUCACCGGACCUGACGGUAUGAAGUACAUGCGCGGUCUGGGUGGCGCAAAGAUGCCGGUCCCAGAUGCUCAUGUCGGAAAUGACGACGACUCCAUUGCUCCAGAGGAUAGUGCCACCCAGGUUGGCGCUCAAAUCCCUCACAUCCCGCCGCCGGCGAUGCCUUCCGUUCCUCGUUUCCCUGUCAUCGCGCCAGGAUUCCCCCCUCUCGUCCCGACUCCAAGCUCUCCCGUUGGCGAAAAUCCCACUCCCUCCAUCGGCUCUGGCAGCACCGUCAACCCUCAGAUCCAAUUCUACACUACCACUCCUUCCGUCUCUCAACGCGGGCAGGAUUCUCGCGAGACGGGGUUCUGGUGA